ACCCUAGGGUUUUCUGGAUCAACAGGACCGGCGGCAAACUUCUUACUUUCUAGGGCUCACACGCUGCGAAGAAAUUUUGUUCUUCAAUUCAGAGAAAGAUGUCGAUCGGUGAGCUUGCUAGCACUUACGCUUGUUUGAUUCUUUCUGAUGAUGGCAUCCCUAUCACUGCUGAGAAGAUUGCGACCAUCUUGAAGGCAGCCAAUGUUCAAUGUGAAUCUUACUGGCCGAGUUUGUUUGCUAAGCUAGCAGAGAAGAAAAACAUUGAGGAUCUCAUUGUAAAUGUUGGUGCUGGUGGCGGUGGCGGUGCUGCACCUGCUGUAGCUGCUCCUGCAGCCGCUGCUGGAGGUGCUGCCGCUGCUCCUCCACCAGAAGAGAAGAAGGAGGAACCCAAGGAAGAGAGCGAUGAUGAUAUGGGAUUUAGCUUAUUUGAUUAGAAGCUUUAUAUUGGUAUGCUUUAGUUAAACAGUCAAUCUAUUGCAAGACUUUGAGCAGUUAAUCUUAGCUCUGCCACCUAUUUCUCUUUUGCGUUCUUGUAGGAGUUUCGUACUGGGUUUGUUUAAGAAGCAUUUUUGUCCAAUCGUUUUAAAUUUCAGCUUGAAUAUACCUUUUUUACUU